AAGAGAGAAUACAGUGUUUAGGGAAGGUACUUGGUUACUUAAAGUAGCCAUGUUGCAAACUUAUUAGCAUUGAAAACAUUAGAGGACUUCUCCAUUACUCAGAGUAUGUUGCAGUGAUAUGGUUCGCGUGCUAUCUAUUAGUCAUCUUGUUGACUCCCUGAGUGAUAUUGUUUGUUAUCUGGUCCAGAAGCAUUGUGACCCUUCAAUACAUUACUUUAUGUUCACAGACUUGUGUCUCUCUGUAUAUGUGUGUGUUUUGUAAUGGCUGUUGCAGUGACAGGCCGAAAAUCAGGCAGGAAGGGUGUGUGUGCUGAGUGGUUUCCUCUCUAGUAGGUUGGCUGAUCAGAACGAGCCGAGGGUGUGAAGGGUGUGUUUCUCAGUGGGUUUUUGUGGUAGCAGUUGUGCUACCAAUCUUAGGUGCCUGUUCAACAAAAACUACUGUCGUGGUGUUGUGAGGGAAAAGAAAACUUGUGCUGUGCUGACUGAGAGCUGUUGAGCCUGCACUCGCCUUCCUGUGGCCCCAGGCUUGAGAGCCUCUUUCUGAUUGCAGCUUGUCCAUGUGACUUGGUUUCCGUUGCCUGCUUGCUUCCGUGAAUAGUAAAAAGAGGCAUCAGUGCUUCAGUCAGAGCAGAGGAAGGCAGUUGAACUCUCGUAUGCGAGAACACACUCUGCAACAACGAGUCAACCAGCGAUAUGGUCAGGGGAUCAACCGUCAGUGGCUUGGGAAAUCCACUCCUAACCACCAGGUGAGAAUGUUAAAAUGCCAGUCCACGGUCUCACUCCCAUCCUGCUUUGCUUGUUACCCAUGUGGAGAAUACUGACGCCAGUCUCAAGUCACCCACAACACAGACAAUGUCAGCUGAUACAAAGAAUGGCUCUCUGCAACAAUGGCAAGCACUCCUUUGUGCCUGCAGAACUGCCAGACAACAUAGAGGAGCUUCAGCUCAACUACAAUCACAUUCAAACACUACAGGACAAUUCUCUCCUCCGUUACCCCUCAUUAAACACCCUGAGUUUAGCUUGUAAUAGUUUGGAGAAAUUAGAAUCAAAUACUUUUCAAGACUCAAAAUUGUUAGACAGCCUCAAUUUAGCAAAUAACAAUCUUCAUAUUGGCUACCAAGAAACCAGCCACGCAUUAAAGACUCUACCUAGGCUUAGAGCUCUGGAUCUCUCUGAGAAUAAGCUUGAUGAUGAAAUGGUGGCAACUCUUCUCCAAAAUCUGUCAUCCCUGGAGUAUCUCAAUCUUUCCGGAAACCUCUUGAGGAGACUGGAUGAGACUUCGUUCAGGGAUCUUCACCAACUCAAAGAACUAGACCUGCAGAGAAACAUCAUGUUCGAGAUUGAUGGCGCCUUCGACAGCAAUCCCAAGCUCCAGCGGCUCAACUUGGCCUUCAAUUAUCUGCCUUGCCUGACUGACUUCCACAUGACCCAGCUAGUGGUCCUAAACGCCAGCCACAACUUUAUUGAGUGGUUCAUCUCCAGACAAGACCUUAACAACACUUUCCAGCUAGAGACACUUGAUCUAUCAGAUAACAAACUGCUCUUCUUUCCUUUCUUGCCCAACCAGAGUCACUUGCAGAAUCUUUACCUAUCCCACAACAGUAUUAGGUUUUACGAACACAUUGCAGACAACGCCACAUUCCUGAACUCCACUACAACUGUUGAGUUCUACAAUCUGAAGACGUACACAAGAAACGUGACGGCUAAGCUCUGGGACGAGAGCCUUCAUGGUGACAUCUCCUCUCUAGAGAAUUUGGAUCUAAGAGGAAAUCAGGUGGAGUAUUUCCCUCGAGGAUUCAUCCACAAAAUGCCUGCCCUGUCCAGACUUAGAAUGUGCACAAACUGUCUGGAAACCUUAAAUCUAACAUCAGAACAGUUCUCUGGAAGCUUGUACGAGUUGGACUUUAGCAACAACAGGCUGAACCAGAUUGUAGCAGAUGAAGGUACACUGACCACUCUUGGCAAUCUGACGUACCUUAACCUGAGCCUGAAUGACCUUGAGUGGUUACCCUCUGGAUUAUUUUCCUCAUUGCCAAGCCUCAGGUCAGUGGAUCUCAGUUAUAACAACAUUGACAUUUGCGUUCCUGAGGAAGCUGAGACCAGCACAGACACUAUCUCAGAUUGCGUGGAUUGGAAGAAAGUUAUAUCCCUAAGGCAGCUUUACCUUAAGGGAUGCAACCUCAAAAUAAUUCCGUCAUCUGUGUUCACUGGGUUGCCUCUAACGCACUUGGAACUGUCUGACAACCCAGGACUCAUUGUCCAAGAAUCAAUACAAAGUCUGAGCAGAACAUUACAGCAUCUAGGUUUAGGAAACACUCACAUACAAGACUUCGACUUCUCCCAUUUUCUAAGUCUAAAGUCUUUAAACAUUUCAAGGAACUCUCUUGCCCAUCUUCCCCCUUCACUUCUAAAUAUUCACCUGAAAGUGCUCGAUUUGAGAGACAAUAGACUGUCCAGUAUUCCCUCAGGUCAGGCUAACACAUUAGCCCCGAAACUGCACACUGUUUUUCUCACAGGAAAUCCUUUCAACUGCUGCGAAACAGAAUGGUUCAAGACAUUUAAAACAACAAAGACCAUCAAUAUGGUUGGACAAUCAGACAUUGAAUGUGAGGAUAUCUUCAAAACAACACACAGAGUGGACCUAGAGUCAUUUUCGUGUUUUGAGAAGGGUGAGGAAUCUAUAUUCUGGUAUAUUCUGCUUAUUGUACCCGUCUGUCUUUCUUUUGUGGGCAUUUCGAUUAUUGUUCUCCUCACCUUCAAGCCCAAAAUGCUACAAAAAUCUAUCAAAAAGAAGUGUAUGAAGCCUACAUCUUACUGAUACUUUAUAAACCCUAAAAAACGGAUUUGUACAGUAUAUAAGAAAUGUCACUGAAUGUUGGAAAUAAACGUAAAACUGCACACAAUAA